AUGGCACUGGCGGCGAGUAUCUUCCUCUUUAAUCAUCACUCUUCUCAUUACGUCCCGACUUUCGUCACCUCUACUCUAUCCCAUCCCUUCAGUCCACUCCCAAGACACAAUGUGCGUCGAGAUCCCUACGGCCGACCUUGGUUCAUCAUCCCCAACGAUGUACCAAACGUAACAGAGGAGUCAAAGGACACCUACUGGCCCAACCUAGUAGCCAGUAUCAACAACAACGACAUCGAGUUCAAGGACAUUGCAGUCGAAUGCGUGGUCUGCCGAACCAACGUAACCAUCUACCCAAAAGAUCACGUCGUCGAUGAGGAAGUCGGCGAGAGCCAUCGGGCUGUUAUCCUCCCCUGUGGACAUAUCUUUGGCGCCUCCUGUGUCAAGAAAUUCUUCGAUAUAAAGCAACGCGAGGGAGCUCGUGCCUCCUGUAUCAAGUGUCGAGCCGCCUGUUACCACCCCCACCCAACCUGCAUGGCCUUUACUCCCCAUGUCGUGGGCAAAGGUGGCCAGAUCGACGAUUGCUGCAAGAUGUGCAGCAUCAAGCGUGCCAUCGCAGACGUUACCACAGAGCUCAAUAGAACGUCAAACCUCCCCGAACCCCUCAGGGAGUUCUUCGGCGUCGUUAUAUCGUUCGGUGGUAAAAACUACACCACUUGUCGAGUUGAGAUGGAGCGCCUACAGGAGAUAUAUUUUCCUGAACCUGUCGGCUCCCUCCUCGAUGAGUAUCUGGAGCGCAGGGAGAAGAAGGAGGACUCGCAGGGCUACUGGAUGAGUGGACUUCUCAGCCACUGCAACGUGAAAUUAUAUGUGCUUGCACCUCAGAACUAG